UUCACUCCGUAAUUUUAAAAGCAUGUUUUUCGGAAAAAUAUUUUUCUCUCAAAUAAUAUCAAAUAUUAGAUUGAAUUGAAGUUUAUCAGGGUAGACAAUGUCUCGCAUAAUCGUGAAAAACCUCCCUUCUGGUAUAAGUGACACCAGACUACGCAAUAUCUUCAGCGCUUAUGGCCACAUAACUGACUGCUCACUGAAGUACACUAAAGAUGGUGUAUUUCGCAAGUUUGCAUUCAUCGGGUUUCAGAAGUUGGCUGAAGCAGAAGCUGCUGCUAAACACUUUGACAAGAGCUUUAUUGAUACUUCAAAGUUAGAGGUUACACUGGCUCGUGAUCUUGGCGACUCUAACAAGCCAAGAGCUUGGAGCAAAUACUCCAAGGACAGCUCUGCUUUCCAACGCUGGCAAGCAAGGCAGCAAGCCAAGGAAGCUAAGCGAGCUGCAGAUGAGAAAACCAAGAAGGGGAAAAAGCGAGAAAAGAAAAGGGGAAAAAGUGAAAAGGUGGAUGAUUUACUGGGAGAGUUAAAAGACGACCCAGAAUUUCAGGAGUUUCUAAAUGCCCACCAAGCCAAGAGUACAAAGUCAACAUGGAGCAAUGAUACUGUUGCUAUGCAACACAAGGGUGCAGAAGCAGAAUCAGACUCGGGAACUGAAAUGGAAGUGGAAUCAGUUAAAACAAAAGAAAAGGAGACCUCCAAAGAUAAAACAACUAAAACAAAAGUAAAUUCUGAUGCAAAAGAAGCUAAAACUAAAUCCCAAAAAUCUAAAUCAGAACAUGUAAAUACUACCAAAGAACCGACAGACUCCAAUGUAUCUGAUAUGGAUUAUUUAAAAAAGAAAUCUGCAACAUCUAAUUUGAGUGACUCAGAUUCUGAAUCAAGUUCAAGUGAUGAAGAUAAUACAAGAACAAAAUUGAAACCUAAAAAAUUAACAAAAAGCAAUAAAAAAUCUAAAAUAAAAGGAAAUAGAACUGGAGAUAAUUCUGAUUUUAGUGAUGAUAGUUCAGAUGACCAGUCAGGAGACUCAAAUUCUGACCAAUCAGACAACUCAGAUUCUGACCACUCAGAUUCUGACCAAUCAGAAGGCUCUGAUUCUGACCAAUCAGAAGACUCAAUCCCAGACAUAAAAUUAUCUCCUAAAGAUAAAUCAAAAAAAUCUAAGUCAUCUGAAAAAGAUAAAACUCGCCAUGUUUUAAAAAUCCGUGAUCUUCCAAGAAAUUCUUAUGCAAAAGAGAUUCAAGAGUUUUUCAAACCAAUUAAGACAAAAGACAUUAAAAUCCCUGGUGCUGCUAAGAAAAAGACAAUAGGUGUUGCAUACGUGGAGUUUAAGACAGAAGCUGAUUUAUUAGCUGCCAUGAAGAAAAAUAAAAGUAAAAUUGGUAACAAGAGAAUCCAUCUUAUCAGGAAGUUGGAGGAAACAGAAGAAAGUAAAGUGGAGCCAGAAAGACCCUUGAAACCAUGGGAGCUAAAGCAACAGCAAGAAGAUGAAGAGUUAGAAACAAUUGCUGAGUCAGGACGUCUGUUUCUGAGAAACUUGCCAUAUGUGUGCAAGGAGGAAGAUAUUGAACAAAUGUUUUCCAAAUAUGGUCCUCUCACUGAAACUCAUCUCCCAGUGGACAAGCACACAAAAAAGGUAAUGGGAUUCGCCUUCGUGACAUUCAUGAUUCCGGAGCAUGCAGUGAAAGCAUUUUCAGAGCUUGACGGUACCAUUUUCCAAGGCAGAAUGCUUCAUAUACUUCCCAGCAAGGGUAAAAGAGAUGACAAUGAAAUCACAGAAAACAUGUCGUACAAGAAAAAGCAGGAAUUGGCAAAAAAGAAACAAGCCUCCAGUUCUCACAACUGGAAUACUUUGUUUCUGGGAGAGAAUGUCGUAGCUGAUGUCAUGGCUGAGAAAUAUUCCAUUGAGAAAAGUCAAAUUCUUGAUUCAGAAUCCAGACAGAGUCUUGGUGUACGAAUGGCUCUAGGAGAGACCCAAGUUGUCGCAGAGACCAGAGAAUUCCUCAUUGACCAUGGAGUGAAACUGGAUGCAUUCAGUCAGGCAGCUGCAGCACGAAGUAAAACAACAAUACUGGCAAAGAAUUUACCUGCAGGAACCAAAGCCAAUGAGAUACAAGAGCUGUUUUCCAAAUAUGGCACAAUAGGAAAACUAGUGCUGCCCCCUUCUGGUGUUACUGCUAUUAUAGAGUAUUUAGAGCCGUCUGAAGCUAGGGCUGGCUUUACAAACCUUGCCUAUUCAAAGUUUAAACAUCUCCCUCUGUACUUGGAAUGGGCUCCCAUAGAUGUUUUUGGACAGAGUCUCAAGAAGGAACCAAAGGCAGAAGAGACUGUCAAGGAGGAAUCGAAAACUGAAAUGAGAGAUGAAGAAAUGGCUGACAAAAAGGAGAGUAAAGAAGAAGAGUCCAGUGACUCUGAACCAGAGACAGAACCUGGAAGUGUAGUGUUUGUUAAAAACUUGAAUUUUGAUACAAAGGAAGUGGACCUUAAAGAGGUGUUUGAGAAGUGUGGACCUGUAAAAGGUGUAAAAAUUGCAAAGAAGAAGGAUAUGAAAAAUCCAGGUAAAUUCCUGUCCAUGGGCUAUGGAUUUGUUGAGUACAAGACUAAGGCAUCUGCUGAUAAGUCACUGAAGAAAUUACAACAUGUAAAAUUAGAUGAACAUGCCUUGGAAUUGAAGAUAUCAAAUCGUGCAACUGUGAGUGCCAGUGACAAAGGACCCAAGAAGAAACAAGAGGUGAAGAAGCAAUUAACAUCUAAGAUACUUAUCAGGAAUAUUCCAUUUCAAGCUACUGUGAAGGAAGUUAAAGAAUUGUUCAAGGUGUUCGGUGAGCUGAAGACAGUGCGGCUUCCUAAGAAGGUGGGUGGAACAGGUACUCACAGAGGAUUUGGAUUUGUGGACUUCCUUACAAAACAAGAUGCUAAGAGAGCGUUUACAGCCAUGUGCCACAGUACACAUUUGUACGGACGCAGGCUCGUGCUAGAAUGGGCGGACACAGAGGAAUCGGUAGAUCAACUUCGCAAGAAAACUGCAGAUCACUUUAUUGAAGGAGCUCCAACCUCAAAAAAACUGAAAAAGUCUGCUCUCAUGGAAGAACUGAAACUGACCAGCCCUGAAUAAUAAAUAAAAUGGCAAAAUAUGAUGAAGCCACAGCAUGUCGUACAUGAAAAUAAGUGACACUGUACUAAACCGGGGUACUAAAUAAAAUGUGCCAGAGAAUAGACUGGCAGUCAGAGGCCAAUGUGACCACGCCUCUUGGCAAAACUUACCCCAACUACGUAUAGGGGCGAAACGAGAUUCAAUGAUAGGCCAACCUGAAAAUGAAUGAUAUUUACUUUCAAACAUCAACACUGUACUAAAUUAGAGAUAAAGUGUGCUUGAGAACGCUAAAGUGAAUCAUGCUGCCACCAAUAAUAAAACAUGUUGCGUUUGUACAUGUCACUUAUAAGUGUACAAAAUAUUAUUUAAAAAAUUAAUCAGAAAUAAUUAGAUUUAGAAAUAUUAAGAA